UGGCGGUGGCAGUUGCCGUCGAGUCAGAAAAUUCACCGCCGGACUUGGCCUGUGAGUGCGUGCGCGUGCUACGGUGAAGCGGCGUCGUCGUAAAGGAGGCGACCCCUUCGCUUGUCAAGAAGGAACCCGCAGGACUCGUAACGAUCAUGGCGGGAACGCGACAGUCUCUGCUGCUCACGGACGAACAGCGUGAAGAGCUCGGCGGACAGUUCGAAACGCUGAGCAAAGGCUUCGUGGAACUUUCGAGCCUGCGUGAUGCCCUGGCCACGGUGGGCUUCAAGCUUCCCCAGUGGAAAGUCCGUCAGAUGAUUGAGGACAUGGAGAGGCGUCGAGGCGCCCUGGCCCAACCGGGCCGGCUGUCGAUCGCCGAGUUUGAGCAGAUCUAUGCUGAACUGCGUGGGCAGGAGGUUUCGGCUGGUUUCAAGGCCAUGCUGUCCAAAAAGGACAAUGUACAAACACUGGGAGGCAUGUCUGAGGCCUCCAGUGAAGGCACCACACAUUCUGUUCGGCACGAGGAACGGGCAGCCUUCUCCGACUGGAUAAACCGGAACCUCAGUUCUGACCCCGACUUGGUGCACCUGCUUCCCAUUCCAAUGCCAGGUGAGGCCCUGUAUGACCGCGUCAAGGACGGCAUUCUGCUGUGCAAGAUGAUCAACCACUCCUGUCCGGAGACGAUCGACGAGCGAGCCAUCAACAAAAAGGGCUUGACCGUGUACACGAAGCACGAGAACCUCACGCUCGCUCUCAGCUCGGCUCAGUCCAUCGGCUGCAGCAUAGUAAACAUUGACGCACACGACUUGGCGCGUGGCAAGCCUCACCUGGUGCUAGGCCUGCUCUGGCAGAUCAUCAAGAUCGGCCUGUUCAACCAAAUCACGCUGCAGCACUGUCCGGGUCUCGUGCAGCUCGUUCAGCCGGGAGAGGACAUGGCGCACUUGCUCCACCUCGCACCCGAGGCAAUUCUGCUUCGCUGGGUCAACUACCACCUCGAGCGGGCCGGCAGCAACCGCCGCCUGGCUAAUUUUACUUCGGACGUGCGCGACUCCGAGAUCUACACUAUCCUUCUGCGCCAAAUCGCUCCGGUUGGGUCGGGGGUUACGGCUGAGGCCAUGCGCGAGCACGACCUCCUGCAACGUGCUGAGGUUAUGCUGCAGCAGGCUGACAAGAUCAACUGCCGCUCAUUCCUGAGCCCGCAGGAUGUGGUGGAUGGCGUAUACAAGCUGAACGUGGCCUUCGUGGCCAACCUCUUCAACAACCACCCGGCGCUCGACGUUCCUGAAGACGGUAAUGCCUUGGAAGGUCUUGAGGGACUCGAAGAGACCCGCGAAGAGAAGACGUACCGCAACUGGAUAAACUCGAUGGGAGUCAACCCUUACGUCAACUGGCUGUACAGCGACCUCGCCGACGGACUCGUCAUCUUCCAGUUGUUCGAUGUGAUCAGGCCAGGGCUGGUGAACUGGACGCGUGUGCACCGCAGUUUCAGCCGCCUCAAGGGUUUCAUGGAACGUCUGGAGAACUGCAACUAUGCUGUCGAGCUGGGCCGGAAGCAGGGCUUCUCACUGGUCGGUGUUGCUGGCCAGGAUCUCUUCGAAGGAAAUGCGACGCUCACGCUCGCUCUUGUCUGGCAGCUCAUGCGUGCCUACACUCUCUCAGUGCUCACGCAGCUGGCCGACACUGGCCACCCCAUCGUGGAGCAGGAGAUCGUGCAGUGGACGAAUGGAAAGCUCAAGUCUGCUGGAAAGACUUCUCAAAUCCGGAACUUCCAAGACCCAUGCAUCUGUGAUGCACGCCCUAUCAUUGAUCUGGUGGACGCCAUCAACCCUGGAUGCAUAAACUAUGCUCAAGUGCUGAAUGCCACUAACCAGGAGGAGCGUCUUGCGAACGCGAAGUAUGCCAUCUCAAUGGCCCGCAAGCAAGGCGCUCGUAUCUACGCACUGCCGGAGGACAUUGCUGAGGGAAAGCACAAGAUGGUCAUGACCGUGUUUGCCUGCCUCAUGGCGAGGGACUACGUGCCAGGACAAAAACAGCAACAGCAGCAAGAUCAGGAUCAGCAACAGAAGCAGUGAAGGUUGUGCCUUUGCCUGCCAACAUGUGUGAUGUCAGUGGGCUGUGCGCCAAUAACGUAAUCGUUAUAUCGGCUCAUACUUGUGGCCUCUGUUUUCUACACGAGACUCUUAGAGCCACACUGUCAUUAUUGCAUGAUGCUCUAAAUCAACAUGACCUUUUUAAAAGCAAAACACAACAGUGACAUAGCACAGCGCAGCGUAUUUGCCUCAUGUGAUUGCCUGUCCAGCCUUUCAACUUGAGCUGCGUACUAUCAGUAGCUGAGGAGUGAUGUGUUGCUAAAGUUCAUCGUACCUAAUGACUCCUUACAGCUAACAAAGGAAGGCAUUUCUAAAGUCAUACCACAAACAUUGCAUGAUGAAAUGUGCGAAGGCUUAGGAUACUUUCUUUCCAUCACUUAUGAAUAAUUAUCUUCAUGUUAGUUUUUUUUAAUACUUGAUGCUACAUACCUAGCUAGUGUCUGGAAGGUUCCCCUUUUUUGUAGAAGUCACCUUGUGAAAAAAAUGGGUUUACAUUAGAAUAAGCUGAGGUGUACGAUGCUGCAGUGAAUUCGCAGUAGAUAGACUAGUUUAAAUUAAUCAAGUUCAUCUUGCCAGAAAGGAGCCUGCACUAGAAGGUAAACCAAAGUUACAUGUUACAGAAAACUACAAGACACGAGCCUGUAACAGAAGGCUAAUGCUGCAUCCUUCUGUGUGAGCAGCAGCGAUAGACUUUCAUGUGUCUCUUAACAAUGCUUACAUAGGUCUCUCAAUAAUGUUUGUUUCUAUCAUAGCUUAAAAAAUCUAGUUAUGCUUCAGCACAGCAGACAUUUCAUUAGAGUUCGUUUUCUUGUGAUAGUUAAGACAGGCUUUCUUGCAAUUGCCCCUUACUACAGGAUGUGGGAAAAUUGAGUGCCAGUAGCAGAUAUUGCUCACCAGGAAUUGAUUUGCAUUGCUGAAAUUGUUUUUAUUCGACGUAAUUUUCCCAGCAAUCGACAAGCAAUUUUGCACACCCAGUGACAUGUGUAAACUAUUCGCAAACAUCUGAUUGACUACAAGAUGAUUGUUGGCUUUUAUGACUAUGAGUGCCUGAUAGUCGUGUGCUUUAUGCUGAAUUUUCCAUGCAGCAUUGUGUUGCUAAUGACAUGUAAUGCAGACAAGCAAUGUUUUCAUUUGCUGAGUUCCUCAAGUGGUCCGAAAUGUGAGGCUAGGAAAUGGAAAUUAGCUGAAAAUAUCAUUGUGCUAAAAGUGAUGAGAUGUGGCUAGAGAACAUGGUCUUGUAAUAAUAAUAUCCUACUCAGUUUGCUAUUCCAUACUACAUAUGUGUAUAAUGUACAUAAUCUUUUUGUUCUAAGCUGCCAUGUAAUAUUAUGUUUAAUAUUUCUGUGGCUUCAGUGUGUUACCAUGUCCCAAUUUUAUUGCAUGCAAGAAAAAUUGGUGCAUCAUUUACUGCUGUGUUUACUCCAAAUGUAAUUGUUUUGUACUUUAUGGUAUAAAUGUGCUGUGCUAUUACGGCUUAGUAGCCUACAUUGAAUCUUGUGCUCCCUUACUGCUAGCAACAUCAGCGGCUUUGCAGGUCCUGAAUGUGGGUCUAAGUGUGCGAUUGUUUACACAAGUAUAACUUGCUUUCGUGUUCUUUGAAGCUGCAGAGGCUCUUGUACCGUUCAUUAAAAGAGGGGCUGCAGCUCUUUUUUUUUUUUUUUUUUUUUUUUCACAGAGGAUUAGAUCCUCCUUUCAACAUUCCAAGAGCUCAGUGUGGGCUGGGACCACACAAAGCCCUUUGUAGGUGAGGGGCUGUGCUAUUUUUAUUUCAUUAAAGGAAAAGCCUCUGUUGGCAAAUAUGCAAACAGAAAAAUGUGAAUGGUUAGUGUUUUUUUUUUCCGAUCAGCAUGCAUAGUUCACAACAAAGCAAAGCUAAUCUUUGAUGACAUGGCUGGUCUGUAGGCUGGCUGUGUGUUAGGGGCAUUUUAUAAGCUUUGUAAAAAAAUAUUUGUUGAAAUUUAUAGUAAAAUUUAACAUUCAAGCAAUACUUCAUUGCAGACUUGUAGUUGGUUCAUAGUCAGAAAUUUAACUUGGUGCGUUUUUUCUGCUUCCCUUCUCAUUUUUCUGCAGCUUGCGCAGCAAGUUGAGUUUUCAUGUUUGAGCAUUCAAAUUUGUUUACAAGGUAUUCCACUUUUUUUAGGAGGCGUCUCACUAUGUUUGGGCAUUUUACAGAGUAGCCUGGUGCACUGGCUGCACACAGAAAGUGUGUUGUAUGAAAAUGCUGUGCAGCCUAAAAUAGAGCUGAAAUUUCCGCUAAGGCUGUCCAGCUACCCUCGCCUGCUUCAGAAUUUUAAUUGUCUCAAAAUUCUCUGUGUGAAAUGCAGUGGUGACAAUGGUACCAGUUAUGGAAAAUGGCUGUGGUAAAUUUCCAGUAUGAUGUGCUAAAUCUGUAUGCUAUGUGUUGUGCAAGAACAAGGAAGUUAAUAAAUUGUAAAAGGUCUAAUUUCAUCAUAACUGCCUUUAUUAAUGUUGGUUUUCAGUGGAACAAAUGUUUAACUUUCAAACUACAGUCAAAACGAAUGUAUAGAGUGUCAGUGUUAACUCUGAUGCUGACCUACCAGCAGAACGGCAGUUCUAUAUUUAAAUUUCUCCGGUCUUCUCACUAAUUGAGCCUUGAAGGAGUGAGGGGACCUGGAGGAAUGAAGUGUGAAAGCCUUUUGUUCAAGCAACAUUCCUUGUGCGAAUACUUUUCAUCUUUUGAUUUAGGCAUAGAAUUUUAAAAUUAUUGCUAUAAGAUUUCUAUUCUGGCGGCAGUACUGUUCGUGAUUCUCGAAGCUCAUUGGCGACUUCUUCAAAACAAGUCGACUAUUCAAGUACACUAGAAAUAGUCCUUGUCUGCUGCUGGCAAAGCUGCAUUUAGUUGUUACAAACUGGUGAAAAUGAACUCUCAUACACGAGGUUCUUUUGAGUAGUGCGACAACAUGCUUUUCCUAGUCUGUAUAUGCCUCCUAAAUUAGGGCUCUUGGCAUGCUGUGUGAAAAGGCCAUGACUUCUACUAUUUUCUGGCUGACAUGUGUUGAUGCAAAGCUACUCGUUCGUCCAAAUGAAAUACUGUAUGUGCCUUGUUUUCUCCAUGCUAGAAUAAAAUCUACAACUUUUCUUA